AUGAGCAACCCUGCUGCUACCUGCAAGCUGGCACCUCCAAUUCAGGUUACAGGAAGAAUACCAAGACAAUGCAAAGUUGGGAGAGCAAGGCGACCGAAACACGGAAGAGGGCAAACACGCCGUGAACCUCAGCGCCAGACGACACAGAACAGCCCUCACAGCAGGAGGAUAGCUGGGGUCUGGAGCCCAGAAUCAAGAGAGAGGAAUUAUUGUCUUCACGACAGAAGAACAGGAGCCCGCAAGCCAAGCAAGGCGUCCAUAGCGACACGGAAAGCACUCGGGCCCGCUGCGCGGCCAGCCCGCGCGGGCUUCGCCGGCGCCUUCGGGGCGGCCGACCUGAGGGCCUUCCCAGACGGGAAGGAGAUGCUUUCCCCCGGCACUCCUCGAGCAGACACAAGUACGGAGAAGCCCCCUCCCAGCCAAACGUGUGCAGCACGCGGCCCACGCCCUGCGGAACCGAAGCACGAAACCCGGCCACGUCGCUCUCUCCGAGCCAACUUUCGCUUCCCCGGCUGGCCGCAGCGCCGGGGCCGGCGGCGCGGCGGGGCAGCGGCCCCCGCCGUAGCUCAGGGGGGAGGCGCCCAGCCCAGCGCAGCCCGCGGGGCGGGAGGCGGCAGCCCGCCGCGGCCCCUCAGCCCGCUCGCACCGUCCCGACCUCGGGCUCGGGCUCCGGCAGCUGCCAGCCCGGCGCCCGGCCCCCGCCCGCCCGCAGGCAGCGGCCGCCGAUGGGACGUCGCAGCCCGCCCCUCGCAGCCCGGACACCUACCCACACCAUCCCAGAGCCCGGCGGCGGGGAAGGGGAGUGGCGAGGGAGCGGCCGGUCCUCUCCCUCCGCAGCUCCGCACCCGACAGCGCGGAGGACCCCGAAAUGGCUGA